AUAGCUCCGAGCUUCGCCAUUGGCUCGGGACUUCCCAGAAACCCCACUGCGUCAGUUCGACGCAACUUCGCCGCGACGAGACGAAUCGUCAAUUAAACCUCCGUCAUCACCUCACCCGCGGUCAAUUGGGCAGCCCUAGCCACGAUGUCGUACCUCACGCGAACACUAGGCAAUCUUCGCAAGAUUGGCUUCAAGGAAUUCUGGCAUCAACUCAACUACAUUGGUGACACCAAGGCCGGCGUGCUGGUCGGCGUCGACAAGUUCGGCAACAAGUUCUACGAGAACAACGAGGAGCUCCCGCUGCGAACAAGAUGGGUCGACUAUGCAAAGCACGACCAUGACGCUGGCCACAUCGAACCUCUGUGGCACAUGUGGAUUUCCUACGGCGUCGACACGCCGCCCAGCCAGGAUCCUCUCGCUGUAUCGAACCGCAGCUGGGCGUCCCCUCACCACAUUCCCAACCACACGCAGACAAGGGGAGCCUACAAGCCGUAUAAUACAACGAAGCCCAAGAUCCAGGCGUGGGAGCCGGUUGCCGCUGCGAGGCAAUGAGAUACUGCGGAGCACGCAUCCAAGUGGCCCUGUACAUAUGCGAUAGUCACAAAUAGACUUGCUGCUUUUUACUCGCCCA